AUAUCAAAUCAACUUUAACUCCACCAUUUUUCACUCACUCUUUCCCAAAAAUGGCUACAUAUUUCACUCUUUUCCUCGUCAUCUUUUGUGCUUUUUUCCAACUCUCUAGGCCUUUUACAGUCAUCAUGUCGGAUUCCGGCGUCCCCUCUACUCUCAUCGACGGUCCUCAAACCGGGUUUUCGAUUAACAAAAAUGGGGCUCGGACCAACCCUCAAGAGCAAGAUGCGGUUUACGAUAUAAUGCGAGCCACGGGGAAUGAUUGGGCCACGGAUAUCCCCGACGUUUGCCGUGGGCGGUGGCACGGCAUCGAGUGCAUGCCGGACAAAGAUAACGUUUACCACGUUGUUUCCUUGUCUUUUGGGGCAUUGUCCGAUGACACUGCUUUCCCUACUUGUGACCAGACAAAGUCUUAUCUUUCAGAGUCCAUUACCAAGCUUCCUCAUCUUAGGACACUGUUUUUUUACCGUUGUUUCACUUGUAAUCCUCAGCCAAUCCCAAAGUUUUUGGGUCAAUUGGGUUCCACGUUACAGACUUUGGUCCUUAGGGAAAAUGGGCAUAUUGGUUCCAUUCCUGCUGAACUGGGAAAUCUUACUCGUUUACGGGUUCUUGAUCUUCACAAGAACAACCUUAACGGUUCGGUCCCUGUUUCAUUAGGCAUGAUCACUGGCCUAAGGUCGUUGGAUUUGAGUGGGAACAAAUUAAACGGUUCAAUUCCUGCUUUUAGCUUCCCGGUUUUGAAUGUUUUGGAUAUGAGCCAAAAUCUUUUAAUGGGUUCAAUCCCAUUUACCCUUGGGUCAUGCCAGUCUUUAGUCAAAAUCGAUUUUAGUCAUAAUCGUUUGACCGGUUCCAUACCCGAUUCUUUUAGUGGGCUAAAAGAGCUCAUCCUAAUGGAUUUGAGUUAUAAUCGCUUGUCCGGCCCAUUUCCAACAUCACUCAGUAGCUUAACUUCCCUACAAGCUUUGAUCCUCAAAGGCAAUCAAAUGGGAUCAACUGCCAUUCCUAGUGAUUGCUUUGAUGGAAUGAAGGAUUUAAUGAUCCUAGUUUUAUCGAACAUGAACUUGCAUGGACCGAUCCCCGAGUCAUUAGGCCGGUUGAACAGCCUUCGGGUGGCUUAUCUUGACGGAAAUCACUUCAAUGGGUCAAUUCCAAGCAACUUCAGGGACUUGAAGAAUGUUAGUGAACUAAGGCUGAAUGAUAAUCACUUAACCGGCCCGGUUCCAUUUGGAAGAGAAAUGGUGUGGAAGAUGGGGCGCAAGCUUAGGCUUAACAACAAUUCAGGACUAUGUUUUAAUGCAAAUAACGGGUUUGAAGAUGCCUUUGAUAGGGGCAUCGGUUUAUGUGAUGCACCUAAACCCGGUUCAGCAAGGACAGUGCAGCAUUUGUCCAACAACACAAAUGGGGAUAUGACAACAACAAUAAAUGUAUCAGCUGGAGCAGUUCGUAAGACUUCAGUUUCUGUUAGGUUAUCUCAGUUGGCAUCACUAUUUUUGUUCAUUUUGCUGUCUUUACAAGGGAAAUAAAUAAAAAAAAGGCUUGUAAAUUA